GCCGCUACAUCUGCUGUCAACUUUUCCACGAAGAGAAACAAAAAUGCUUCUUCUUUUCUAAACUGGCUCUUCUCCUAACUUCAGAGUUGUCACUGGAGUUCACACCCUUGUGCACCACUUGCCAUCUGUCUUGAGGAGGCUUUUUUAGUGGACACAGCAGCUCAGACCAGCAAGACAGCAGCUUUAACAGAUCCCAGAGUGCAUUGCAUCAACAAAUCAUCAAAGAAGAAUGGACAAAAUGAGAAAAAUUCUGAUGUUCUGUCUGCUUUUGGCAGGCAUCUGCAGCCUUGUGUUUAGUGGAGAAUGGAAGGCCCAUGUUGUAAAAAGCCUCGAUGCCCUGGUUUCAUCCUGUGUUGUGGUUCCCUGUUCGUUCACUCAUCCUGGAGGAAACCUGCCCAGCUCCAGACUCAGAGGCAUCUGGCAUCGUCGUGACAAAUGGAAUGAAAUCAUCUAUAACGAGGAUAACUCAAAGAUCUUGGACAACUUUAGGGGCCGCACACAGAUGUUGGGACAUCUGGGUCAGAACAACUGCACCUUAGAAAUAGUUGACAUUAAAGAUCACGACAACGGCCCUUUCUGUUUCCGGAUUGAACUUGUGCGAACGGAGGAUAAUGAACCCACCAAAGACAAGUUCUCCUUCGUUGAGGAGUGUGUCGAGUUCAACAUGCUCCCUGAUGUUCCAGCUCCUACACUGAAUCAUCCACCGACGGCCAUCGAGGGGCAGCCCUACACCGUCACCUGCUCCAUCAUCCAUACCUGCCCCUCCCACUGGCCUAAACUCUCCUGGACUUGGAAAACUGGAAAAAUCAUAGAGUAUCAUAAGGACAUUCGCUCUGGCAACUGGGAGACACAGUCUAUCUUGGCGUUUGUUCCUGAGGAGAAGGAUGACCACAGCAAGAUCACCUGCACUGCUGAGUUUUUUGGAGGGAAGACGUCCUCCCAAACUUUUUCACUCUAUAUAAAACGUACAGAAAACUACAAUCACAUCAUCAUUCCUACUGUAGUGGCCAUUGGUAUGGCUGUGAUCUUUGGACUUCUCUGCAUUUUCAUGGCAAAAAAAUACAAGAGACGCAUUGCAGAGCUUCAAAAUCAGGACGGCAGCAUGUGGAACCGUCUGUCCAGGCUGUCUCGCAGGAUUCGUCCUGAUCGCCCAGCACCAUCUCGUUCUGAACAAAGACGUUCUAUUUGGAGUAGAUUUUCGAGGAGGCCUAAAGGCGACAUGGUGGACUUUGGUCAUACUCCCAAUAAUGUCGCAUGCAGUGCUGACCAGAAAGUCUCCAAACCUCGUUUCCCAUCACCCAAAAGCCAGCCGAAAUCCUACAACUACAAAGAGGACCUCGAUGACGGUGAUGAUUAUGUAAACACUGCUGACCUCAAUGUCUAUGGAAACAUCUGAAAACAAGAACUUUCCAAGAGAGAGGAUAUGAUCAAAGCAAAGAGCACAUCUAUUUCUGCUUUUACUGAUUCAUAAUGAUUCUGUUUAUCUUUUGCAUGUACAUAUCCACGGUGCUGAUCUUCUCUAUCAAGCAAAAUCGGUUUAAUUGUGUAAUUCAUACUGUGUGGUGUGGUGAAUUUUUAGGUCCAUAACUCUAUUUGCAUGAAAAUAACAAGUUAUUUGAAGGCAUAAUUCAAAAUGGAACAGAGUUUUCUUAUUGAGUUGACUUUUUUUUUUAGGGUGGUGGUGGUUGAGGGUUAUGGGGAUGUGGGUGGUUUCAGAUGAUUUAAUAUUCAUAUAAUCAAAUAUGUAUUACAAAAAAUACAUGCUCUUAAAUCAAUAUAAAAUAAAUGUAAAUAGUAGUACACACUGAUAUUUAAAGAUGAUUUGGGUAUAUAUGAAGUAUUGCUCAGAUUUGAUAUGCUGCUUUUUUCCUCUUCAAUUUCCAUCUUAAAAAACAUCACAAAAUUUAGUCAUCAACAUUGCACAACGGUAAGGUGAAAAUGAACAACACUGGCCUCCAUGAAAGUGACAGAUGAACAAAUAUUUAAAUAAAACAGGUCUUCUUAUCCUGGUCACUUUUACAGAGUGAUCUGUGAUAAACUCCAGCAGAAAUGUAGGUUUUUAUUUGUACUGAAUCAAAAUGAAGAAAAAAAACAGCUUUAUCAUAAUGAAUGAGUGUUUUCAACUGCAAAUGUGCCAAAGUUGAUGUACCAGGAGUAAAGCACAACAAAUGCUGCAUCUAUUUUCGUCUUUUCAUUGAAUGUCACACUCUGCAACCUUUAAAAAACGCUUAUAUGGUACAGGAACCUCUAGUGAAGAAGAGGUUAACAGAGUCACAAGAAUAUUAGGAAGGGACAGAAACAAAUUUGACUCAGCUGAGACCAGAAAUAUACAAUAUACAAGAAGGGCAGCGAUGGAACAAAGUCUAAGUAAAAAGGUAACAAAAUUCUACAACCAGCUUUGCACAAAUACAACAACUAAUAAAGCAGCCAAGUCUCCCAGACAUCAUCUUUCUAUGCAACUAACCUGGAGUCUAUCCCAGCUGACUUAGGGGACACUCUGGACAGGUUGUCAGUCUGUCACAGAGCUACACAUAGAGACAAACAAUCACACUCACAUUCACACCUACGGACAAUUUAGAAUCACCAAUUAUUUAUCCUCAGCAUGUUUUUGGACUGUGGGAGGAAGCUGGAGAAAAGCCACGCAUGUGCAAUGGGAGUGAGUGUACUUAGGACGUCAAAGAGGACAGCUCAGGUGAAAGUUCUCUGGCAUUUAUUUUCUGCAGAAGAGAUUAACAGACAUUAAUCGCCUUCUGGUUCACCUUUCCUCAUGCAUUCUGCUCCGAAACAUCCACACAAGAACAGCAUUCACACAAGCUUAGCUGCUUGGGAACAUGCCACAGGGAACAUGCGCCUCUACUGACAAAUCGUGCCAAAAUAAAAGUGAAACGCCUAUAAAACUUAUAAUAACGGUCAAAACAUCACAAAGCAGCUUGAAAACAUAAUAAUAUACAAUGGUAAGCAACAUGCAACAGAGUCCACAUGGCCUACCAUGCCCCCCCUUCCCCCCCACCCACCCACCACCACCACCACCACCACCACCACACACACACACACACACACACACACACACACACACACACACAACAAAAUGCCACUUUUUUUAACCUUUAUGAUGUCCUAAAUGAGACUUUGAGUGGUAACAAUAAAAUAACUCAUUCCCACUGUAAUUUUUUUAUGCUGUCUUUAAUUUACCCAGAAAUGUGACAUUUUCCACAAAUUUUCAGUUUUUUUUUUUUUACCAAAAAUUGACAUGGUUAUUGUAGCCACUUCACUCAUGGCAAUCACAACAUGUUAUACAUCAAAUAGCUUGUUUCUGCCUAGCCCUGGUUAGUUUUCCUUCCCCUGUGUGUUCCUCUAGUGUCCAUUCCUUUUUGAGUUUUGUUUCUCUCGCAUAUGUUAGUGUUUUUGUCCUGUUUGUCUGUUUGUGUCACAGUCACAGCUUAGGCUGUGGGUGGUGGCAGUACUCUCUCCUCCUCCGGCCCUGCUCUCUCUCUCUCUCUCUCCCCUACAGGUGUGUGCAGCUUCGAGGAGGGCUCCAGGUGUGUUACAUCUGUAAUCAGUAGAUCGUGUGCAGGUGGAGGCCAGCUAAUCAUCCACUCCGGCGUUCCUAUAAAGACGGAGACCAGUUCUGCUAGCCAAAGUAGUCUGCACCAUUAUUUUUUUCCUAGUUUUGUUCUGUUUCUGUUGUAGUAUCUGACCUGAGACAUGUGUUGCUCAUCAUGUGUUCCUUAUUAGAAUGGAAUGUGUAUCUGAUGCUAAAGGAACUCAGUGUUGUGUUAGAUAGGAGUUCCUGUGUCGAGGCAGUUGACCUCUGAGGUUCUUCGGAUUCUGCAGUAGGGUUAAUCAAUGGAGAUCUUAUUUUUGACCAGCAGUUUUCUCAUAGGAAUUACAUGUUGUCACAUGUUUUCAUUUGUUCAAAACAUAUAAAAGUGGUUUUUGGUUGCUGUUCUGAAGGGAUCAUUCGGCUGAAUCCUUCCAGGCAGUCUCUCUGUCUGAUUGAUGCUGUUCUUUCUUUUACUUACCACCUCCGCGUCUGUAUCAGGAACGAGAGGUUUUUCCUGAAGGACUGAAAGGAGCGUACCCCUACAGAGGACAUUUCACUAAAGUCAGUAAGGCUUUCCAGACCUAGCAGUACCAGACUUGGUUUUUGCUUUCGAUCGCUAAUGCAAGCUUGUAUCCUGUUUGCUUAAUAUCUGGGUUCAAUAGGUUGGCGUUCUGGGUUUCUGUGCAGUUUACUGGUAGAACUAGGACUCUGUAGUUUUGUAUUUAUCCCUGUUUCUUUGUUUUCCUGCCUUGGUGUUACCAAUAGUGGGUUAACCGUAGUUUUCUGUUUUUGUAAUUUGUCCACUGGAGGUUCUACGUUCAGUCCGCUUUACGCGGUUCAGUUAUUCUUCCUAUUUCCGGUAGUUAUUUUCCGGUUCCAUUUGUCGUUCUUUGUUUCCCUGAGUGUAAAAUAAAAGUGUUUCUUAAAACUGAAUAUCCUCAUCUUCUCAUUUCCUGCUCUUGAGCCUCAUGCACCCGCCCUAACAGUUUGAUCCAUAGCUGUAGGUCUGUUCUUAGUUUCCCUUUUAGUCUUGUUUUCUCCAUUUUGCUCUGUAGUGUUCGGUUUUAGUUCUUCCCUUAGUUUAUUCACAAUUCCCCUCACUCCCUCCAGAUCUGUUUAUUACUUGCGUUAUGUAAUAAACUCCUCGUUAUUGCAUUUUUUUGGGUGUGUUGAGUUCACUGUCUGUGCUUGGGUCUGUGACUCCCAGUGACUUUACAAG